AUGCCGUCCCCUUUCCUCACCCCAGGGACUACCGCGCAGCCAAACGACAUCACGCUGCUCCAUCUUCGUCGCGAUCAAGCCCUUCCGACGAUCCUCCGCGACUAUGACGAAGAUAAUAUGGGUUAUAAAGAAGGAAAAGUCGCCAACACUCGCUUCGGAUCAUUCCCGCAUAGCACCAUGAUCAAUCGGCCAUGGGGUUCUCAAAUCGCAGCUUCAAAAGUCGACACAGGUUCCCGCGGCCGCAGAGGAAACCCAGCUAAACGCAAGGCCGACGACUUGGAUGAAUCAGGCGCUACAACAACCGGCGCAGAAGAAGACGCACCCUCCGCCAAGACACCCGUCGCUGCUGCGAGCGGUUUCUUACAUAUGAUGUACCCUACCCCCGAAUCUUGGACGCUGUCCCUUCCCCACCGAACCCAGGUCGUCUAUGCCCCGGACUACAGCUAUAUUCUGCACCGACUCCGUGUGCGUCCCGGUGAUACAAUUAUCGAAGCUGGCGCUGGCAGUGGCUCAUUUACACAUGCCGCUGUUCGCGCCGUAUUCAACGGAUACCCCGGUGAACCGCAAACGAAGAAGCAGCGACUGGGCAAAGUGUGUAGUUUUGAGUUUCACGAGCAGCGCGCAGGUCGCGUUCGUGAGGAGAUUUCGGAGCAUGGACUAGAUGGUCUCGUACAGGUUACACAUCGUGAUGUCUACCAGGAUGCAUUUAACGUUGGUGAUCCCAAAACAGGACAAUCACCAAAGGCCAAUGCGAUCUUCUUGGAUCUCCCUGCGCCCUGGCUUGCAUUGAAGCACCUUGUCCGUAAGCCUGAAAUAGGCGAAUCACCACUCGACCCCUCCACAACAGCACAUAUCUGUACAUUCUCGCCUUGUCUCGAGCAAGUGGAGCGAACUAUCCGCACAUUGCGCAAACUGUCAUGGUUGAAUAUCUCGAUGGUCGAGGUCCAGUGUCGUCGCAUUGAUGUGAGAAGGGAACGUAUCGGUCUGGAUGCGACUGGUAUUCGAGGCGCAACUGUUUUCCCUACGACCGUCGAGGAAGCCGCUGAUAAGCUUUGGGUGGAUGAGCAGCGCGCUAAGGUCUCUCGCACGGCGGCAAAGGUCAGGAAUGGUACCGAAGAGUCGAUUGGACAGGAUGAUACAUUCACCAUACCUGAUUCCUUAAGGGAGAAGCCAGCUGCUCCUUCAUAUAGCUUGGGUCGCUUGGUGCACCGCUCUGAGCCUGACAUCAAGACUCAUACUUCAUAUUUGGUCUUUGCUAUGCUUCCGAGGGAAUGGUCUGAGGAGGCUGAACAAAAGUGUCGCCAGCAAUACCCACCUACCAAGAUUGAAGAUGAAGAGCAGGGUGGAAAAAGUAAAAAGCAGAUAAAGAGAGAGUCGAAGGCGAAGUUUGAGCAGGCGGAGAAAGCAAAGAAAGCGUCUGAACAACAGGCCCCUGAGGGCAGUGUUGAGGCAUCAUGA